AUGGAUGAUUCAACUGAGAUUGCGUUUGAGGCUAGGGAAACCUUCAAUGAGAAUAACAAAAUCAGCGCGCGGGAGAUCGUUUUGAAGUCUAAAGAGCUCAAGCGACUCAUUUGGACCAUCAUCGGUGAAUGGCUUCGUCAUGAGAAGCGCAUCAGCCCAAAUGACUGGGAAAGCGAGGACCAGACCUGGACCGCUUCGUUCAUAUUCGCCACACACUACUGGACAGAAUUCGAGGCUGAAGUAGCGAAGAACAUCGACGAUCAGCCACAUCGAGACUUGAAAGACUUACUCGAAUACAUUGAGCUCGUACAGCCUGAUCUUGUUCGGAUCCGAAGACAGCUACAGACGCUGGAUAGAAUCCCAUAUCGCUACCUAUGGAUGCUUUUUAGGCCCGGCUCCCUGAUUGUUGCGAAACCCUCCGCAGACCCAUCGCACAUUCAAGUACUUCAAGUCCAUUCUCACAGACCUUCCUCUCGACUCGAUCGCCAGGGCGAAAUGGCUGUUGUUGCUUGGGCGUUUGACUGGAAUGGCACGAAGCUAGUCAAAACGUAUUACGAAUUUCCUCUGGGAGGUAAGGAUCAAUUGGACAUCGAGAACCAAGUACGGAUAGUUGAUCUUGACUGUUUGCCGAUCCGAUAUUAUCGGAGUGACGACAGUCUGAGCGAGGGCGAUCUGGUCUCACUCCGUAGCCAGCUCAAGGAGCGAGGUCAAACUUUGCGCGAGUGUUGCGUUCAUAAGAGGGGAAAAGACAAGAUGUGCUCCUUCGAUGGAACGAUUGAGAUACGGGAGGAUCAAGACAGAAAUGUCACAGGUCGAAAAAUCGACAAUAAGCCCGCGGUGGUCGAUUUCGAAGCUUACCGGGAGAACUGCGGUUUUUCUCCCAGGUUGGGACGCUUCAGAAUGUACGGCUCCGAUAUGUGUCACUGUGGCUUCUGUGUCGGUAAGCCAAGAUCGGAUUGGAUGGACACCUUCAAGAACCCUGCGAUAAACUUUGAUGACCUAGCCAAGAUCCCGGAUAGUGAGGACAACUGGCUGCUUCUACCUUAUCGUGUACUUGGCUAUCUGAUCGAAGAUCAUCUUUGGGCGCAACUUCCUGUUAAGUGGAUCAAACAGUUCGAGCAUGAAGAAGAAAAUGCCUACGAUACCAAGAUCAUGUUUCCUGAAGAAAAGGCGCACCAGAAAAGGGCACUGGAAAAGCUUAUUCUCUCACGUACGGGUCAAGAUGACAACGCAAAGCAGGAUAAGUACUGGGUGUCAGACUUCGUGAAAGGGAAAGGCAAAGGUCUCGUCAUUCUACUUCACGGGGCAACUGGCCUUGGGAAGACGUCAACUGCAGAGACUCUUGCCAAGACAGCACGGAGGCCUUUGCUCAAAGUCAGUGCCAGUGGGAUUGGCACCUCGCCUAAAGCUGCGGAAGACAACCUCAUGAAAUACUUCAGGCUGGCCAGCAACUGGGAGGCUAUCCUUCUUUUGGAUGAAGCAGAUGUGUUUCUCGAGACUCGCGGUACACCUGGAGAGAAGGUUUUCGAGAGAAAUGCUCUCGUAUCUGUGAUGCUUCGUAUACUUGAGUACUUUGAUGGUAUCCUUGUCCUCACUACAAAUCGUGUUCUGAAACUCGACAUCGCAAUGCUCUCACGGAUUCACUACGCUGUGCAUUUUACAAAUCUCAGCAAAAAACAGGAGGAGCUUAUUUGGAAGCAACAGCUGAAACAGCUGGAUCCCGAGACCGGAAACUGUGAGUCAGAGGAAAAGAAAAAGAUCGAUGAUUGGGCACAUGAGUAUCUCGAGAAGCAGCGAGGAACCAGUUACAACCAACGGAUCAGACUGAACGGUAGGGAGAUACAGAAUGUUUUCAAGACAGCUCAAAGGCUGGCUAGCGGAGACAAAAGAAACAUCAAGUGCCAGGACUUGAAGGAGGCAAUUGAAGCAACAAGUAACUUCCGUGCAGAUAUGAGAGAUCGCGUUAUGGAAGCCGAGAAGAAGCUGGUUGUGAAGGUCGAUGAGCCAGAGUCGUAG